AGCCCUCUCUCUCUCUCUCUCUCUCUCUCCACAUUAUAUAACAACCCCCACCUCACCAUGUCCUCUUCUCUCUCUAUACCCCGCACUCUCUCUCCUCACCCGUCGUCCUUCCCUCCCCACAUCAUCAUCGCCCGCCCCCGCUCCGCCUGCUGCCCUUCUUCUUCUUCUUCUUCUUCUUCUUCUUUGUCAGUCCGCCCCGCGAGAUCCGGGCCACCCAUUUGCCUGCUCCCCCGGCCCGCCGCUAUAAAGGGUCCGUGGAGCAGCAGCAGCAGCGGCAGUAGUAGGAGGAAGAGGAGGAGGAGGAGGGAGGUUCGCGUCGAGAUGACCAUCAGCGAGCUUAGGAAGGAGGAUGAGGAGGAGGAGGAGAGGCAGCGGCAGCGGCAGCGGCGGGAGGAGGAGGAGGAGGAGGAGGGCCCUCCUCCGUUGCUCGAUCCGGAGAGCAACUCCAGGCCCCGUCGGAUUGCGCUCUUCGUCGAGCCUUCUCCUUUCGCAUAUGUAUCAGGCUACAAAAAUCGGUUUCAGAAUUUUAUCAAGUAUUUGCGUGAAAUGGGAGAUGAGGUGAUGGUUGUGACUACACAUGAAGGAGUACCUGAUGAAUUUUAUGGAGCUAAGUUGAUCGGAUCACGGAGCUUUCCUUGUCCGUGGUAUCAGAAGGUUCCUCUUUCCCUGGCCCUCAGUCCUAGAAUAAUUUCGGAGGUUGCGAAAUUCAAGCCUGACAUAAUCCAUGCAUCCUCACCUGGUAUAAUGGUUUUUGGUGCGCUUGCCAUUGCAAAAAUGUUGUGUGUUCCCAUAGUUAUGUCUUACCAUACUCAUGUCCCAGUUUACAUACCAAGGUAUACGUUCAGUUGGCUGGUGCACCCCAUGUGGCUGAUAAUAAAAUUUCUUCACAGAGCAGCUGAUCUGACUUUGGUGCCAUCGGCUGCAUUAGGGAAGGAACUCCAAGCCUAUAGAGUCACAACAGCAAACAAGAUCCGCCUUUGGAAUAAGGGUGUUGAUUCCGAAAGCUUUAACCCUCGUUUCCGUUCUCAAGAAAUGCGAUAUAGACUGAGCAAUGGUGAACCUGAGAAACCAUUGAUAGUUCAUGUUGGAAGACUUGGGGUUGAGAAGAGCUUGGAUUUUCUAAAAAGCGUGAUGGACAGGCUCCCCAAUGCACGGAUUGCUUUCAUUGGUGAUGGACCGUACAGGGAGGAACUGGAAAGGAUGUUCACUGGGAUGCCUGCAGUAUUCACCGGGAUGCUACAAGGCGAAGAGCUAUCCCAGGCGUAUGCAAGUGGGGAUGUAUUCAUGAUGCCUUCGGAAUCCGAGACACUUGGCCUCGUUGUUCUGGAGGCCAUGUCCUCGGGUAUUCCUGUGGUGGCGGCUCGCGCUGGGGGGGUCCCGGACAUCAUCCCUCCGGAACAGGAUGGGAAAACCAGUUUCCUCUUCAGUCCUGGGGACCUAGAUGACUGCAUGAGCAAACUCGAGCCUCUUCUGCAGAACUCCGAGUUGAGAGAAACCAUCGGUAAGGCUGCUCGAGAGGAGAUGGAGAAGUAUGACUGGAGGGCGGCCACACGCAAAAUCCGCAAUGAGCAAUACAAUGCAGCCAUCUGGUUCUGGCGCAAGAAGAGGGCACAGCUGCUCAGGCCAAUCCAGUGGCUAGCGAAACGGUUCUUCCCAUCGCCGGAAGCGACAUACAGGUGAUGAUGACGAUGCUGCUGCCGCCUCAAUUGUAAUGUUUGCAUUUGUGACACUCUGAAGAGGCAUUUGAUCUGUCUGUUGAUGUAUCUGUAGUGUCCUCUUGUUUGGGAUAUGUUCAUUUGUUGUAUAAGGGGGACCAUAAAGUCGUGGUCAUUUGUGACAUCAAAAUUUAUCAACAAUGAUGUCAUCUCAGUCUGCAAUUCCUUUUCUUUUUUCUUUUGCCCCUUUACGUCUCUUUGACAUUGCUCAAGAUGGCAGGCUCCAGCAAAGUUAAUAUAGGAGAGCGCUCAUUGUACUGCGGCCCAAGGUGUGGCUGAAAGUGUUUCAAUGCAAAAGAGGCCCGAAUGGGCCUGGCAAUCAUGGAUA